UUCUCGCAUUUGUCAUUUGUGGUGGCGGCCUCUCUCUCUCUCCUCAGCAUGGCUUUGGCGGCAGCCUUCCAUACAAUACCCAGCAGGCUUUCUCUCUCAUCCAUAUCUGCAUCUUCUCAACAGGGAGGCAAAGAAAGUGGUAAGAAAAUGAGGGAGGAUUGGAGGGAAAGAUCGAAGCCGAUUCCUCCUGGUGGUGUUUAUCCAGCCAAAGACCACUGCAGUCGCUGUGGCUUGUGCGAUACGUAUUAUAUUGCUCAUGUGAAGGAUGCGUGUGCCUUCCUGGGGGAUGGCAUGUCACGAAUUGAGGCAUUGGAACCUAAUGUCCAUGGAAGGGGAAGAAAAGAGGGUUCAUCGGAGGAGAUGUAUUUUGGAGUUCAUGAAGAGCUUUUGUAUGCACGAAAGACUACGCCUAUAGAAGGCGCUCAGUGGACAGGAAUUGUGACAACCAUUGCAAUUGAAAUGCUUAAGUCAAACAUGGUGGAAGCUGUCAUAUGUGUACAGAGCGAUCCAAGCGAUAGAUUUACACCGAGGCCAGUUUUAGCAAGGACACCUGAGGAGGUUCUUGCUGCAAAAGGAGUGAAACCAACAUUAUCUCCUAAUUUAAACACCCUUGCACUGGUUGAGGAAGCGAGGGUCAAACGACUUCUUUUUUGUGGUGUGGGUUGCCAAGUUCAAGCAUUAAGAUCUGUUGAGAAGCAUUUGAAUCUAGAAAAGCUUUAUGUGCUUGGGACCAACUGUGUGGACAAUGGGACACGUGAUGGGCUAGAGAAGUUUCUAAGAGCUGCAAGCACUGAGCCAGAGACAGUUUUGCAUUAUGAAUUCAUGCAGGAUUACAAGGUCCAUUUGAAGCAUUUGGAUGGACAUAUUGAGGAGGUUCCUUAUUUCUGCCUGCCAGCAAAUGACCUAGUUGAUGUUAUUGCUCCCUCUUGUUACAGCUGCUUCGACUACACAAACGCAUUGGCAGACUUGGUCGUAGGAUACAUGGGGGUGCCUAAGUACGCCGGAGUAACCAUGACACAGCAUCCGCAAUACAUCACAGUGAGAAAUGAACGUGGAAGAGAAAUGCUUAAUUUGAUAAUGCAUCUUUUGGAGGUUUCUCCUACAAUUAGUACUGGUAAUCGUCAUCCUUAUGUUAUGGAGACUGUUAAAACUGAUGACAGAGCAAAAAUAGGAAAGAAUGCUUCUCCUCCCGCACCAAAGUUUAUUGGUAAUCUGAUAGCAUUUUUUUUAAAUAUGAUUGGUCCUAAGGGUUUAGAGUUUGCACGCUACUCAUUGGAUUACCACACUAUUCGGAACUAUUUACAUGUGUACCGUACAUGGGGAAAGGAAAGAGCAAACAGACAUACACCCUCUUAUGCAAAGAAGAUCGUUAACAAAUACAAUGAGAAGGGUGAAAUUGAUCAGAUGCUGUCUGACAGUUUAGGACCUUCAGGUUAGAGGUACAUCCAUCGAGCAAUUUGUUUCCUGCCAGUGGUGGCCACAUAGAGCAUAUUUUUAUACUCGAAACCAUACGCAUAAUGCAGUUAUGAUGCCACCCGUUCUUGUGCUCAUUACAUUGUUGAUCAAAUUAGGUUAGUAGGCAUAGCUGUGCUGCACGUAAUUUCUUGUGUUCCCUUUGCUUCAACGCAGAACCACUCAAACCAUUUUGUAUAAUAAUUGUCAAUGCAAGUUCUCAGAUGAAAUUUAUAAUACGGUUCCUCAAGAAAUUAUUCUGUUGGUAACUAGUCUACUCAUCAGGCAAUUUUAUGAUUAUAAAGCUACUCUUUUCUUUCCAUUGGUAGAUGUUUUUUUGGGAGGUACUGAUUUUGGACGCAGCUUAUACCUUUGUAAAUGACUAAAUAGCAACAUAUAUGCUAGACAUUUAACCUAAAUGUAUCAUUCAGAAA